GACAAACUUAGUCAUAAGAGUUCAGAGUGCUUUAGAUUUAACAAGUUGACUAUAUUAAAACAAGACACAUCAUUCAAACUAUCCAAUCAAUUGUCAGAAAAGAAAAAAAUAUAUAUGAGCUAAUGAAAUCUACUUACAAAAUAUGAUUGGCUAGUAUAAGGAAGAAUAAUAAUUUGUUUAAUCAGUCACUGAUUAUUGUAUAACUUUAAUAAAAUAACCAGAAACCACUAAUUAAAAGUGAUUUUCAUACAAAAGACAAUAUCCAAAAUAGUACCAGAAAUAUGUGUUUUCAGUUUAUGAUUGCAUAAUAUUCAAAUGGAAUAUCAAAUGUUAAACAUACACUAUCUAGUAUCUUUUUAAAUGUAUUUUUUCUUCAAAAAUUUCUAUCAUUAUACAUUGAAUUGUAGUUCAUCAAAUUCAUUGGAAUUAAAACAAAAAUAAGAAUGAAGGUGGAUACAAAUAAAACAAAUGAAAAUAAAUUUAAACAAUGGUUUAAUCGUACUUUCAAAAUGAGUUUAAAACCACCUAUUAGAGAUACAAAAAGUGUACCAACUACACCAAGUAUCAUUGAAGAUGAAAAUCGUCAUAUUUUAAAUUAUACCAUAGACUCUAAAGCAUUGUCUAUGAAAGCUAUAGCAUUUCGUGAUAAACACUGUGGUUUAAAUGAAGCGCCAGAAUUUAUGGGUGUAUUACAGUCAGAAUAUCAUAUAAUGCCGAUACAAAAUAAAGAGAUAUCAUCUAAUCAUGGAAUGAUUUUUGUAUUCGAACCAAUUUUAUUAUAUUGUUAUGUUCAGUCAACUGCACAAGAUGUUGUAUUUAUUUGGCAGAAAGACUCAAUUGAAAUAAAGCCCAGUGAUAGAAUUGAUAUUUUUAGUCAAGAUACUGCAACUCAGCUAAGAAUUAAUUGUCCUAAUUUGUCAGAUAAUGGAGACUAUGAUUGUAUUGCAAUGAAUCCUGAAGGUAGAUGUUCUACACAUACACGCAUUUUUAUUGAAGUACAAGAACCAGAUGAAAAGGUGACAAAUUCCACAUUAUCAGAUCCAAGGAUGGAAGACAAUGUAAAUUUACACGAUAUACAGAAGGAUUCCAGGGAACAUGAUAAUACUUUUAGUUUAGUUAAUGAUCUAAAAAAUUCAUGUAAUCAUAUUUUACGUCAAAGUCCAUUAAGGCGUAUUGGCUUCCGGCGAACAGUAUGUUAUUCAAAAUGUCUAACUGAGACGAAGGAAAAUAACACUUCGAAUAAAAUUAAAGAUCUCUUUUUAAAAUUCAACUCUUUGUCUGAAUGUGAAAAUAUCAUCCUGUUAGAUGACAAACAUAUUGGUAGCAGAAGAUAUCAAGAAAAUAAUAGAGGAUGGAAAUAUAAUUCAUUUCGAUAUUUACGUAAUUAUGAUAUGAAUCAGGCCAAUAACUUUGUACAAUUAUUGGACUUUAAUAAUGGUGAUCAUAAUAACAAUAUUAACGAUAAUGUCCAAAAUAUUUUGUCAGUUAAAGAGCAGAUAAAUUCACAUUAUUCCCAUUCUACAAAAUCAAUUAACAGUCCUGUUCUAAAAGUCAGUCAUACAAAUUCACUGUACAAAGAUGAAAAUAUACCAGUAGAAAAUGUAAUUACCAAAUCGAAUACAUGUAAACGACGCUAUCGAUCUAGCAGUUUGUUAACAAAUGAACAUUCAGAAUUUUUAGAUUAUCUACAAUACUACUAUGAGGAACAACAGCAAGAAAGAAAAAUUACCAAUCAUAAUAAUGAUAUUAAUAAAUCUAGAAUAAGGAAUCGUCAAUCAUAUGCAACAGAUACAUUUUGUUCAGUCAAGAAUAAUGAUCAUUGGAAAUUAUUGCCUAAAACUGUAUUUAACAGAUUAGAAAAAUUGAGUACAUCUAAUCUUCAGAGAACAAAUAGUUCAGGAAUGUCAAAGAGUUCUACUACAUCAAAUAUGAAGUCAAUCAAUGAAUUUUUAUUCACUCCUAAUCAAUUAAAUGUUAAUCAUCUAUCAGCAGCAGGAUCUUCCAUAUCAGAUAUCUUUCUAUCCUCUGGUAGGCAAUCACCUAAAUCAAAAUCAUCACAAAUAUCAUUAAAUGAUAUUGAUUUCUAUCCAAUAAAUAGUAUCAAAUUAAUUGAAGUGAGAAUGUUGAAUACAUCAAGUAAUGAAAAUCCAAAAACUUCUAUCAGUGAUGUUGUACAAGAAAUUGUUAUGCAAUAUGUUGGAUCUUCACAAAAUUAUCAUUCUUCAUUUAGUGAAGAAGAUUUAGACUAUAAAUGCGUGAACAAAACAAACAGUAACAAUCCAGAACAGAUAAAACAAAUGGUUAUAGGUACGAUUUGUCAGUCAAAUGAAAAUCGAAUUAGUACAAAACGAACAAGCCAGGUCCUAGAUAGCAAUAAAGAUAAUGAAACAGUGAUAUGUAAAUUAUCAUCAUUCAAUGAUGGGAAUGGAGAUAUAUCAGAGAUACAAAAACAAACUAGUUUCAGUAUUUCCGAUUGUGAUGAAUCAGGAAACCAAUCAGCUUAUGAAUGUUCGAAAACCACUCACAAUCAAGCUACGAUUAAACAAUCUUCGUUGGGUAUACCAAUAUGUAAUAAUUUAAGAACUGAUAAAAUACACUUUUCAAAGCCAUCUGGUUCUCAUGAUGCUAAUAAAAUGUUAAAGGAUUCCUCAGAAAGUAUUUCACAGACUUUAGAAAAAAUACCAAUUGAACAACCCCCAACAGAACCGGUAAAAAGACGUCCAAAUAUUAGUUCAAUAUUAAUUGACAAAAAGUUGAAAUCUUCACGAGAAUAUAUCAAAGACAAUUUAUCAGUAUCUCCAACUGAAAAGACUACCACAAAUGAUCUGUUAACAGAACCUUAUAAAAGAAAAAUAGGUGAAGAAUACCAGUACCCAGAAAAAGUAAAGCGACUAACGAGAUCAAGGAAAACUAUUAAAGAACAACAUAAACCUUUGAACAGAGAAAAUAAGUUCUUAAAUCAUGAAUUGAAUGACAGUACCUAUCCAAAUGAUAGCCUUAAUGUAUCAGCAACAACUUUUGACGUCAAUAAAGUUGAUUGUGAUAUGAUCAGUAAAUUAGAAACUCCUAUACAGAGCUCAUAUAGUGAUAUUAUUUGCACUUCUAAGGCAAUUAAUAACAGAAAUUCUAACCAUAUGACAGAUGCUUUACAUCCUAGUUCUCAUGAACAUGGUCAGAUGCAUCAAAAUAAAGUAUAUGAACUGAUGCAAAAAUUUGAAAUUUCUUCAAAAACUGCUUGUUUGUCUCCUAGUAAACAAAUUAUUAAUCGUAUAUCACGAAUAAACAAUGAAAACUCAACUAAGCCCGAUGAUUUCAUUGAUAAAGCAUUUUAUAAUAGUAUUGGUGUAGAUAAAAUGAUUACAAAUCAGAUUUUAAAUAAUUCAAGUAAAACAAAUAUACGUUCAAAGACAUCAUCAUCGUCUUCAUCGUCAUCAUCAUCAUCAUCAUCUCCAUCAGCAGCAGCAGUAUCAAUCUCAACCAAUCAGUUUCGGAAAACAUCAGGAAUAAAACAUCAUCCUUUGGCAUCCUCAAAGUAUAACAAUUUAAAAAUAGACAAUAACCAAUGUGGAGUCCAGCUGGAACAACCUGUCCAUCAAUCUACGAAACACCAAUGUAGUAACAAACAUUACGAUGAUAUAACCCACAAUCAUACAAAUGAUCAGACCAUAGGGAUUUCGAAAUCUGUAAACUCAACAUUUACUGAAAAAACUUUUACACAAAAUAUUACUGAGGGAAAUAUGGAUUCAUCAAAACCUAAUCUAAAAAAAUAUUCAGCAUACACACGUGAAGAAUUUAAAGAGACCCAAAGUAAAGUAAUCAAACGUGAAGCCUAUGUUAAUACGAAAAAGAUAACACCAGAAGAAAAAGCAUCAGGAUUACCAACAAAGACAUCAGAAAACAGAUUAAUGUGUCAAACACCUUUGUCUAAGAAUCCACCAUUGAUGGAUGAUACAUUAAAGUCAUCAAACUUUCCGUCACUGAAACCUGUGGAACAAUCUAACACACCGGUUUCUCUUCGCAAUAAAAGUAUUUCAGAUCAUUCAAAUGUGAAAUGUACCAGCGUAGAAAGCUCCCUAACAUCAAAAUCAGAUCAAACUGAGUCCAUUGACUAUCCUCUAAAAAUCAACACUAUCAAAAAUGUAAAUCCUACAGAUCAUUAUGAAGAGAUUGCAGUGCUUGGUUAUGGUACAUAUGGACGUGUAAUUAAAUGUUUAGAGAAAAAAACUGGAAAUAUAUUUGCUGCUAAAAAGUUUAAAAUUUUACGACUUAAACGAUAUCAAGGUGAAUUAAUGGAAGUUGCAGUAUUACGUACUAUUGGUAAACAUCCACAAAUAGCUCAUUUACAUGCUGCAUAUGAAUAUAAUUUACAUUGUACAUUAAUUACAGAAUUUGUUCCAGGUGGUGCUCUUUACAACAGAAUAGAAAAAGAGGGUUCUUUAGACGAAGCAAUAACUGUGAGUAUAAUCCGUCAAAUUCUUCUCGGUUUAAAGCACUUACAAAAUUGUUCAGUAAUUCAUCGUGACUUGAAACCAGAAAAUUUAAUGAUGGUACAAGCAAGUGGUUAUCGAUUAAAAAUUAUUGAUUUUGGCCUCGCUGUAUUUUAUCAAAGUAAUCAAUGUACACCUAUCCCAGCUGGUACAUUAACAUAUAUAGCACCUGAAACACAAAAUUGUGAUCCACAAUCAUAUACUACAGAUUUGUGGAGUGUUGCUGUAAUUGCAUAUGAAAUCCUUGCAGGUAUCACACCAUUCGAAAUUCCACAAGAUGGUUGUCGUGAUCGAAUUCUCACUAAUCAAGAAAUAUCUCUUAAUAUUACACAUGUCAGAUAUGAUUUUGACGACCCUGGAAUAGUGGAUGUUUCGAAUGAGGCGAAAGACUUUAUCAAACAAAUUUUAGUUCGAGAUCCUAAGAAAAGACCAUCAGUAGAUCAGUGUUUAAGUCAUCCAUGGAUGGCAAUGCGUGAAGAAGACAGGCCACUUGUAAAAAGAACAGUUUCAUUGUUUCGUCAUAGUACACGAAAAAAACCUAAAGGUUAUCGAAUUAAAACACAAACAACUCAAAAGUAUGAUCCACAUAAUUCAGCUGAUCCUGAAAUAAUUGAAUAAACAUAUUAUCAAAUUUAAUUAUCUCAGAUUUACAAACUACAGAAUUAAACCUUCUUUUCUUGUUUAAAAUCUUACAUGUUUUUUUUAAAUUAUAUUAAGGAAAACAAAAUUAUUGGCGUUUAACUUAAUAAAUGUAAAAUAAAUUUAAUUGAACUUCAUAUUCUGGGGAUUAUUUUAUUGAAAGAAAUACACAUUGUAUUGUAUACAUCUUCGUCUAGAUUACUUAAGCUUACUGAACAUUUUUUUUCAGUACUUCUUGUUUUACUAAUAUCAAUGUUUUCUUUCAAAAAAAAACCCAACAAAACAGAACAAAAUGAACUUCUAAUGUAAAAGAUAAUUUUCAGACAUUGAAACAAUGGUACUCUAAAUACAAAGGAUGAUCAGUUAUUAAUGGC